AUGGCUUCCUCAGCACCUCAGGAAAUACUGUCCAUCAUCGCACACCACCUGGCACAAUUGGACAAGAAACUAUCACCUUACGCGCUGGUCAACAAGUCUUGGCAGGCCGCUUUCGAGAGACAGAUCUAUUCAUCAAUCGUCGUGCGUAGUCCAUCCGAUGUGACGACCGUCAAAGUCAAGGAACACUCAUGGACUGCACCCGGCGGGCCACACCCCAAACAUGGCCUCCCACUGGAUACGUUCAUCAAUAUCACCAGCGGGCCGGAGAAUUGGCAGCGAGCUCGGCGUUUAUAUGUGCGUCAAAUUCUCUACAGAGUCGCAGUUCCGUACUGGUUGGACGAAGACCGUGGAAAAGGUGACGACUACACUUAUGAUAAUGCUUACCGGCGUGAGAACAAUCGAGCAUUCUCGAAAGGGGUUUGUCAAUUAUUCGAACAUCUUUCGACUUGGACCAAUCAGGCAAUUUCCCUUCAGAUAGCCUUACAGGCAGAAGAUGCAUCCACUGACGAAGAAUGUGGUGAGCCAGGGUCGAUACCCUGGCGCGGCACUAGAGAUGAGAUUGCUCCGUAUUGUGCAGAGUUUGUGCCCGGAUAUUCUUUGCCGCGUGCGUCCUGCAUCACAUCACUAGACUUUCCUAAGCUCUUGAGUCCUGAAACGAUAUGGGUCGAGACUUCGGCGUUGGACAUGCCUUGUGAUGAGAAUGAGAUUUCCCUGCCUGCCCGCCUGAGCAUUGCAUCAGCAUGCAGCGCUCUGGAGAAUAUUCGAUUGGACCUCGUAGACGAAAUCCCCUCGAGCGAGCCCAAUAUGCGUUCCACCUGGCGAACCGCGGCUGGCCAAGGAUUUUCGCAACUUCCACGAACCAUCAAAGACAUGACCUUGUACCGGAACAACUCCGGACGACUGGAUGAAAGCGCUAAGCAGCUCCAAAUGUUCUCCAUGCAGCUACGACACCUGCGUAUAGAAAGUCUGGAGAUUUUUCGAGGGCUCUUUUGCCCCGAUGGAUUGGGAUUACCUAUCGAAGCACACUGGCCAUACCUUGAGACGCUUCAUCUGAAGGACCAAUACUACGUGACCCCGCCUUUCCACGGCGAGCUACAACCUGCCUAUGAUCUGAUCAGAGAGCGAUAUCUCAACAAUCUCUACACGAGUCUUGGCCACGCCGCGCAGAAGAUGCCGUGCUUGAAGAGUGUUAUCCUCACCUUUAGGAACCUUGACCACGAGCUCGAGCUGUCAAUCAAGAACCAGCGCUACAAUCUGACGCUUUGUGUGAUGAACAACUAUCAGCCAUCUCUUGAAUUCCUCGAAGCUUGGAAAGUGCCCGGAGGAAGCUUACAGCCUUGUAUAAACAAAUUCUGGCGUGAAAUCACCUAUCCAUCGUGGCCGCCUUCCUGA